CAAACACGCUCCUGAAGCUGCAGAGGAAGAGAUGUGAGAUCGAUGUGAGUGAGUGUCUGCAGAAAGCUGUCAGCUGUCAGCACCUGGAGCUUCUUCUUCUUCUGCUUCUUCUCGGGAGCUGCGAGUCAUCCGGAGCGCUCACUUUGUCUCAGGUUUUGCAGGGACUCUUGUGAAAAGUCUUGCGGAGUCUUCUGGGCAUGGAGAGGAAACUGCUCUGAUUGAUAAUCGGAUUUUUUUUUUUUUCCACUGCAGAUUCUUCUAUCUGAAUUAUGGAGAGUUGACGGCUCGAGAGGAACCUGACUAACAGCAGUGUGACGGGAUAAAGAGGAUAAAGCUCUCUCCACAGAGCCAGGGCUUCCUAUUCUAAAACUCAUCGUACCUACUGCAGAUCGGCUGACGGGGGAGAGGUGUCAUGGCUGCGUAUGGACAGACUCAGUACAGCCCCGCCCUCCAGGCUGCAGGGCCGUACACACCUUACACUCACCACACGCAGGGCUACAGCGUGCCAUCUUACAACAUUAAAACAGAAGAUGGCCUGAGUCACUCUCCAGGACAGACGGGAUUACUGGGCUACUCAAACUUCAGCGGCACUCCUCCCAGUCAGAGUGUCUACAGCUACUCACACGGUGGUGGUAUUUCAUCUGGAAUUUUUCAAGGCACCCAUGCAAUCUCCAGUUCAACACCAUUCAACUCCACCCAACAAGAGUUUUCAGCGUACUCGAGCUACAGUCAGAGUCAGUACUCUCCGUAUUAUAACUCGCAUCCCUACAACAGCCCUUACCUAACCAGCAGCAACAUCAGCCCCGCCGCCAUCACAGCUCCAAUAGCCUAUCAGCAUCCAGAGCACGCCGUCAUGCUGCCCAAUCACAGCCCAGAGUCACACACAGGCGAGUACCACCCGCCGCCAAGCCCCCCCACACCAGGUAAAGAGGAGGGGGUCCCGGCACGAAGGGGGUCAGAUGGGAAGUUGAGAGGGAGGAAAAGAGUCAGUGACCCCGCGCCACCUCUGGACUCUGAUAUAGAGCGUGUGUUUAUCUGGGACCUGGAUGAAACCAUCAUCAUUUUCCAUUCGCUCCUCACGGGAACCUUCUCCUCACGAUUUGGCAAGGACUCCUCAAAGGCAGUGUCUCUCGGUUUGUGGAUGGAGGAGAUGAUCUUCAACCUGGCCGACUCGAGACUCUUCUUCAAUGACUUGGAGGAAUGCGACCAGGUUCAUAUUGAUGACGUGGCAUCAGACGACAACGGACAGGACCUAAGCACUUACAACUUCGGGUCGGACGGCUUCCAGAGCCCAGCGGGGGCCGGCUCUCUGUGCCUGGGGUCAGGGGUUCACGGAGGGGUGGACUGGAUGAGGAAGCUGGCUUUCCGAUACCGCAGAGUGAAGGAGAUCUACAACACAUACAAGAAUAAUGUUGGGGGUUUAAUGGGCAGCCCCAAGCGAGAGGAGUGGUUACAGCUGAGGAGAGAGAUGGAGGUCCUCACUGACCUGUGGCUGACUCAAGCACUCAAAGCCCUGGCUCUCAUCAACUCCAGGCCUAACUGUGUGAAUGUGUUGGUAACCACCACCCAGCUCAUCCCAGCGCUCUCCAAGGUGUUACUGUACGGCCUGGGCUCUGCUUUCCCCAUAGAGAACAUCUACAGUGCCACCAAGACAGGCAAAGAGAGCUGCUUUGAGCGUGUCUCACAGAGGUUUGGUCGGAGAGCAGUGUAUGUGGUGAUAGGAGACGGAGCGGAAGAAGAGUCCGUGGCCAAGAAGAAGAACAUGCCGUUCUGGAGGGUGUCCUGUCGGGCCGACCUCGAGGCUCUGAGCCAUGCACUGGAGCUGGACUACCUCUAGAGGGCGCCAGCUGUCACGCUCUGUUCUUCACCCGGAUCACGAGCAGCUCCUGAACUCCUGAGUGCAGCUCGUAGCUGAAGCUGCCCCCAAGAGACUGAUUCAGAGUCAGGGUUUGCUAUUCCAAGGUUUGGCGCAAGGAGGACAAUUUCACUUUAAAGCCAAAGGAACUGUGAGGAUUUGGAAGCGAAAGCUGCAGUAAAUCUAUGAGACGUCAACAUGAGGUGAACAAAAAGUGCUGGAUCAAAAUGAAAGACCAAAGACAAAAAAAAAAGGGACCAAAGCUUCAUCACUAACCACAGGGAACUAUGGUUAAUACUGCAAAUACUUUUUCCUUUUUUUAUUUUAUUUAGUUCAUCUCAACUUUAUGGAAGGUGUCCCACUUUUGUACACACAAGAGUGAAGCACUGAAUGCAACAUUGUACAUCCUGUUUGUUGAACACAGUGAGUAUGUCUGCAUGGAUGAGGAGCUCAGAUUGUAAACCCGUUUUCCACUGACCAAUAUAAUUAAAGACAAAAUUAGAAAUAAGACUUAAAGCUAUGACGUUACACGGAAUAGAUUUUGCAUUCUCUAUUAUUUUAGAAUUGUUGUACUCGUAUGUCGGCUAGAUAAGUGUCAGAUAAUAUUCUCCUCAUAGGUAGAGGCUAUUGAAAAUAGCUUUAUUGUAUUUUACCAUUAAAAUGUAAGCUAUUUAUUAUUGGUUAAAUUCACAACACAAUGAAGUAUAAACAGUUUGGGAGCUCGGCAUAAAAAUAUCCCCUUCAAAGACCAAAAAUGUGCUCUUGUAAAAAUGUUUUCAUAAGAAGAUGCUGUAUUAUAGGCGGUGCUUGAAUCCUUACUUUUGAUUCUGGGUUGUAUAUGUUGUCGUGUUUUAACUCUCCUUCUUUUCUGUCCUUGUUUAAUUUCCUAAUAACCUGUUUGUAAUAUAGAUGAACUGGUAUGGUUGUGCAUGUGCCGAUUACACUGCCUGUCAGCUUAGCUAUGAUUUGUAUAUAAUGCUUUAUUGUCGAUUUGUUUUGACAGACAGUUAAAAUAGAUUAAUAAAAAUAAAUUAAUUGCAUUGUUGGGAAA